UUCUGGGAUUUUAGUUUUAUAUCUGCAAAAAAAAAAAAAAAAAAAAACUGAAUCUUGGGUUUUAUUGAAAAAUGAUGAAGAAAUCAUGGGUUUGUACUUUGAUUACUCAAUUUUGUUUAUGUUUGUCUCUUUUUCUUGUUGUUAACUUGUGUCAAAAUCAGAAGCCAAUGAUAAGGAAUGGAAAUGUGAAUGAUCUUCCUAUGGAUAUAUAUUUUAUAAGUGUUACAGGGGGUAUUAGAACUCUUGAAGAACAGACCCUUCUUCUCAAACAGGUGGAGAAGGUAGCAAAAAAGUUCAAUGCAAGAUUCGUUAUCAACAUAAGCGAACUUGGGGAAGAUGAUCCUCUUAUGCAAAAUGCUACUUGGCGUUUUCCUUCCGUGAAGAUCCCCUGGUACUCUACUCGAGCUCUCAAAGGACAAGGGGUGAAUCACUACCUUAAACAAUUCAAAUUUGCACAUGGAAGCUUAGAUAUUAUAGUUGUAGAUACAGGAUUAUAUGAGGUUGCUUCAAAUGGUGCUGGAGAUAGUCAGUCACAAUGGCUGAUAGACACACUUGAAAACAGUGAAAGCAAAUGGUGCAUUGCAGUUGGAUUUCAUCCAUUGGUAGUUUGCGAAGAAGAUGCUCCUCAAACAAAACUAAAACACAAAUUCCAGUCUUUACAUGGCCUAUUUCUGAAGUAUGGUGUGGAUGCAUAUAUCAGUGCCCCUGUUUGUGCUGACAAUGUUGAGGAAAGACAUAUUGCCAGAUAUAAAGGACCUUUGCUGACUAAAGUGAAUCAGAACUUGCCUUGCUCUAUGGGAAGAGUAAAUGGAUUCCUACUUCACAAAGCCAGUGCUUUAGAGAUUGUUUCCUAUUUAGUCACCUUGGAAGGUGAUGUUGUGCAGAAAUUUUUUCUCCAUCAAAGAGGCAAAGAUGUUAUGUAGAUAUUCCUAAAGCUUCAAACAUCAUUUGUCGUGGAAAAGAAUGAAAGAAGAUUAUAGAUUUAAUUAAAUAUUGGUGAAGAAUCGUAAUUCUCGUUUUCUUCUUCUUUUUUUUUCUUUGCGGAGUAAGGGAAGAAAAGAGAAUGAAUUACAAAAGAAGUAAAUUCAGCACUCGUGUUCAAGUUUGAACUAAUAGAUUCAACGUUUAUGCUCAAGUUGAAAUUCAGAUCUUUUGUAAGAUACUGAUGUUCAUUUUGAAUAUCACUGGAUCCUUUUCAAAUUUUAUUGAGAUGUUUAUGCUAGUAGAGCGAAUGUAUUAUUCUAUAUUA